GCUGCAGCGAUGAGUGAGCUUCCUGUCAAACCCAGACGUGACAGAUCAACUGAAGGCUCUCUGGCGCGUCUUAAAAAUCUAUUCUACAUCCAUACAACGGGAUAUUACAGUAAUAAGGAGGAUAAGGUGCCGUUUUGAUCGUGUUUUUAAUGAGCUGUGAAUCGAAGUGGAGUUAAAUUGUCGUCUUUGGCUAACUGGCUAAUGCUAGCGAGCUGGCUGUCAGUUGAAAAAAAAUUGAAAGCGGAAGAGUGACGUGCUGGAUUACGAAAGCGGAAGUGCUGAAAGCAGGUUUCUUUGUAGAAACGGAGGGAUGGAUGGAGACGAAAGAGCAACUUCUGAAAGGAUUCUUCUGGAACCGUACAAGUACUUGUUACAACUGCCAGGAAAGCAAGUCAGAUCAAAACUCUCGCAAGCGUUUAACCACUGGCUCAACGUCCCAGAGGACAAAAUUCAGGUGAUUAUCGAGGUGACGGAGAUGCUGCACAACGCCAGUCUGCUGAUCGAUGACAUUGAAGACAGCUCCAAGCUGCGGCGCGGUUUCCCGGUGGCCCACAGCAUCUACGGCGUGCCGUCGGUCAUCAACUCCGCCAACUACGUCUACUUCCUAGGCCUGGAGAAGGUGCUGACGCUAGAGCACCCCGAGGCCGUGCACGUCUUCACCCGUCAGCUGCUGGAGCUGCACCGCGGCCAGGGUCUGGACAUCCACUGGAGGGACACCUACACCUGCCCCAGCGAGGCGGAGUACCGCGGCAUGGUGCUGCAGAAAACCGGUGGCCUCUUCGGCCUCGCCGUGGGCCUCAUGCAGCUCUUCUCCCACUGGAAACCAGAUCUGAAGCCGCUGUUGGACACUCUGGGGCUCUUCUUCCAGAUCCGGGACGACUACGCCAACCUGAACUCGACGGAGUACAGCGAAAACAAGAGCUUCUGCGAGGACCUGACGGAGGGCAAGUUCUCCUUCCCCACCAUUCACGCCAUCUGGUCGCGUCCUGAGAGCACGCAGGUGCAGAACAUCCUCCGGCAGCGCACGGAGAACGUGGAUAUCAAACGCUACUGCGUGGACUAUCUGGAGAAGGUGGGCUCGUUUGCUUACACCCGUCACACGCUGCUGGAUCUGGAAGCCGAAGCCUAUCGGUUGAUCGCUGAGCUCGGAGGGAAUCCCGAACUGGAGGCUUUGGUGCAGCAUCUGAGUCGCAUGUAUAAAGAGCCCGAGGGCGGAGCUUCGGCAGGCCAAUCGAAAGAGCCCGGGGGCGGAGCUGCAGCCGGUCAAUCAAAAGAGUUCAGGGGCGGAGCUUCAUCCGGCCAAUCGAAAGAGCUCGGAGGCGGAGCUGCAGGUGGCCAAUCAAAACAAUUUGACUUUGCACUGUGAAUAAACUGUACUGUUAUUUUGACUCCACAGCAGUUGUCUGGAGUCCAAAGUCUGUCGUUUUUGUCUCGUUCACAUUUCAAGGCGUUGUAGCUGACAUAUGAAGUGUAACAGGAACUUGACUGGCCUCUUAGUCUGCAAUAUUUGGUCAAUAUUUAUGUACUGUAAUCGGUGGACUGAUGCUGCUUGUUUAAUUAUAAAUGAUAACCGUAAACAAACAGUCAGAUAAAACAAACAUUUAAUGUUUAAACCAUGUCUGUCAUCCCACCACAAAAUCAAAGCAAAUACAUUAUUUUGCUUUAAGAAAAUUAAGACAAUUUUAUGGUUCUUUACUUUUUUUCUUUACUAU